AUGAGCACAGAAGUAUUUGACAGAUACUUUAGUUUCAGAGGGGAUGUUGGUAAAAGAGCCAAUGAAUAUGGAAUGCUGGUGGAAGAAAGAUUGCUGAAACAGCAGAAGGAGAAUGUCCAGUUUGAGAGGGGAUGUUGGUCAAAGGACGAAAAUGCAAAACAUUCAAGUAGCAGGAGGAAAUUAACUCUCUAUCCCAGAGAUCACCAGCUUCACUCCAGAUUGGCUACGAAAGCAGUUGAAAGCAACACGAUUCUUUCUGUUGCAGCGAUCGUUGGCAAUCUCCCAGCAGCCUCCAUGAUAUUGAUGAAAGAUAAAUAUCUAACUUUAAUUCAAGAUUCAAACAAUUUUAAAAGAAUACCUUUGAUUGAGGCAGCUCGACAUGGCCAAAAGAAGAUGAUUAAAUAUUUAUUGCAAUUCAGCGAUAGUUACUUGAACUUUUAUGUAGAUUCAACACGUUUUAGUGAUGAAUCUGGUGUUUCUUUCCUAAAUUCGCUUAUAAUUGCUGGAUUUUAUGGUUUGGCACUAAAAUUGCUUAAAAAACAUGGAAAUUUAGCUACAAAGCAGUUAUCUACUGGUGAGUCUCUUUUGAGUACAAUAGCAGGAAAGCCGUCUGCAUUUCGGAGUGGACAAAAUACAAAGCGAAAGUUUUUGCAAUUCUUCAAGGAUUAUAAACGAAAGCCGUCUGCAAUUCCGGUAGAAAAACGGGAAAAGCUAAAGUUUUACCAAUUAUUCAAGUUUGUAUGUUAUAAGAAGGAAAAAGGAAAGACAAAGUCGACGCAUCACCAAGCACUUCUACUUGUCAAACAAUUGUGCAAGGAAAUUAUAGAGAAUCAAGACAACUACGGAAGCCUUCCUUUUAGCAGCAGAAUUGGGGAUUUUCGAAGCUGUGGAAGAAAUUUGGCACCCAAAAGUCAACUAAACCGCAUUCCUAGGGCAGCUAUACGGAUGCAACAUGAGUUACAAUGGUACAAGGAAAUGGAGAAACUUGUGCCGCCUGAUUACAAAGAGGAAAAAAAUUCUAAAGGAGAAACUCCACGAAUGGUAUUUAUGGAAGAACAUAAAGGACUUGUCAAAGAAGGUGAGAAAUGGAUGAAAGAGUCUGCAACCUCAUUCUCACUUGCUGCAGCACUCAUUGCCACUAUAGUAUCUGCAGCAGCCAUCACAGUACCAGGUGACUACAGCGAUGAUGGUCGACCAACUUUUCACAAACGGGCAUCCUUCAAGAUAUUUGCCGUUUCAGAUUCAAUUUCUCUGUUCUCAUCAGUUGCUGCCAUCAUAAUAUUUUUUUCUGUGCUCACUGCGCGGUAUUCCGAACAUGAUUUUCUUUACUCUGUUCCAACAAAGUUUAUGUGGGGUCUUGUUAUAUUGUUCCUCUCUGUAACAGCGCUUAUGACAGGAUAUGAUUAUGGUGAGGAGACAUUUGAGAAGAUAUUUAAAUGCAUAUACGCAUCCUUUGGUUCAUCUGCACCAUAUACUAUCUCCCCAGACUCUCAACCAUUCUUAAGAUCUGCACCAUAUGCAGAGUACCGUUAUCAGGAUGUAAUUCUUCCAGCUUCGGGUUUGAGCCAGGCAAGCACACCUCGUAGGUUUUCCUCAUUGAUGCCACUGAUUGUAAUGACAGUGUUCACUGGCUCACUUAUAAAGAUAUGUGAUUCUAAUGCUAGUAGUGCGGAGAAUGAGGAGAGAGCUGAGCUAGUGAGCUUUUUGAAAGCUGUUCCCUCUGUAGAAUUCUGCUGUGUUUAUGAUUCCAGUUUGCAUCCAAACAAUAAAGACAAGUCAGCCAUGGUAGACUAUAUUCUCGGAGUGUCGGAUCCUCUGCAAUGGCAUUCUCAGGUGAAAAAUCUGAAAAUGAAUGCAGAUCAUUAUGCUUCGUGGUUGAGGUUGCUUGGCGGGGCAAAGCUUGUAUUUACACAAAUUGCAGAUGAAAUAGGUGUAGGAGUACACUUCAACCCGUUUGUUACCUGGAAUGAUAAGAUGUUGAAGUAUAGGGUUGUUCGAACGGAUGACUUGGUUCAGGACAUACUGAACUGGGAGAAAUUCUAUUUAAGUUGUCGUGUACAGAAACCGGUACACAUACUUGUGGAUAAUCUGGAUAUUGCAAAUACAAACUCUGUUAAUUUGAGGGCUGCAUUGUCUGCUGCUCUUCUUCUCUCGCCCUCCAAGUUCACACAGGAAGAUCUGUUUGCCAAAAUAUGUAGCCUUUCAUAUAUGGGAGAUUUGCGUAUGCUUUUUGCAGAGGACAAAAACAAGGUGAAGAAGAUUGUGCUAGGACAGUUUGAUUUAUUCCACUUAAUGUAUAAGCCAUUUCUUGAAGAAUAUGAGGCCAAAGACUUCUUGAGAGUCUCAUCAUCUGGAACUGGCCAAGCAAAUAUAUCACAGGAUUGUGGCUUGCCAGUCACUUGCUCCCUUGUGUCUUCUCUUCCACCUGCAAUUAAAAGUCAAAUGGGGAUGAAGCUUGGAGAGAAAAAGAGAAUAAAUGAAUAUGGUCGAGCUAUAAAUGAAGUUAUAACCGGUUCAAGAGAAGAGGCAGCUAAAUGUAUGCAGAAGGUUCUGCGACGAACUGUAAUGGUUUCAAGUGCAAGACAGGCAGUGUCUGGUCUACUUGCUGUUGGUGGCAUCAAUGCUACUAGAUAUCUUGCUAACAAAAUGCAGAAAGCUUGGAAAUCCUGGACAUAAAACUACCCAUUUCUCUUUCUCAAUUUUCAUGAGAUUUGGUCAAGUAGAUUAUAACUUUCAAAAUGAGAAUGCAUUAUCUUUACCACAAGCUGCCCUGCCCUGGCUGUAAGUUAUGAAUUUUGCAGAUCAACUAGUUUUAUACUU